CAAAGGCGAGCGGUUGUUGCUCCGCUUUGAAACAUCCAAAAGUGCGCGCACACACCAGCAACAUUUGCGUUAAAAAUCCACUUGAGUUUAGAAAAGUCAAAACAGUAAGCAAAAAACUAAUAGAAACGAUACGAACGGCUUGAAAAACAAGCAACAAGCCAGUGAUUGCAGAAAACAUUUCAACUGGAAACAAAAAAGUGCUAAAAACUCGCGAUUCCCACACACUCGUUUGUUUUUUUUGGGUGCUAAGUGCAGGUGCAGCAGCAGCAGCGUCGUCGGCUGAGACCACACAUGACCACAAUGCCACCGGAAAUGUCCGCAACAACGGCAGCUCCCGUUGGCAGUGCACCGAGUGCCACCGCUCACCAUCCCGCUGCCGUCGGCGGCGGUAUGCCGCGUCCAGCCUCACCGGCCGUCGGCAGCAACACCACGGCAACGGCGACGACGGCAACGCGAUCCCGCUUCAUGAUCACCGAUAUCUUGGCCGGAGCAGCGGCCGCAUCGGCGGCGGCGGCAGCAGCAGCAGCGGCCCUGGCGGCCGCCUCUUCUGGUGGGCGUGGCAGUCCGUCGGAUGCGGACCGCGAUCUGGUCGCCCAGCAUCACCAUCAUUCGCAACAUCCGCAACAUCAUCACCAGCAGCAACAGCAGCAGCAGCAGCAGCAACACCAACAGCAGCAGCAACAUCAGCAGGCUGCUCUGCAGCAAUACAUCGUGCAACAGCAGCAAUUGCUGCGUUUCGAGCGUGAAAGAGAAAGGGAGCGAGAGCGGGAGCGGGAACAUUAUAGGGAACGGCACUCGCCACCUGGUGGCAAUCCCUAUGCCCACCACCCAAUGCCGCCCCACCUGCUCGCCCACUUUCCGCCCGCCCACUAUGCUGUGCUGCAGCAGCAGCAGCAGCAGCAGCAGCAACAACAGCAGCAACAUCCCCACCCACAUCAUCUGCAAUUGGAACGGGAGCGAUUGGAGGCACUGCAUCGACAUGGUCACGGUUUGCCCGGUGAUCCUGGCCAGCAUUUGAGCCACCUGACCCACCUGAACCACCAGCAGCACCAUUCGCAUCUGCAUCAUCCCAUACACGAUGAGCGGUCCCGAUCGCCACUCAUGUUGCAGCAAUUGGGCAAUGCCAGCAGCAACAGCAACAACAAUAACAACAGUAGCAGUGCUAACAACAACAACAACAACAACAAUGGGGGCAGUGCUAAUAGCAACCUCAACAGCGGCAACAGCAGCAGCAACAACAACAACAAUGGCAGUGGCAACGGCAACAUGUUGCUCGGAGGAGCCGGCAGCAGCAUCAGCGGCGAUCAGGCCAGCACAAUCGACGAUAGCGACAGCGAUGAUUGCGGCGGCAAGGACGACGACGGCGACGACAGCCUGAAGAACGGCAGCUCGGCGAACGGCGACUCCUCGUCGCAUUUGAGCCUGAGCCUAAGCAAGAAGCAGCGGAAGGCGCGUACCGCCUUCACGGACCAUCAGCUGCAGACGCUGGAGAAGUCCUUCGAGCGGCAGAAGUACCUCAGUGUCCAGGAUCGCAUGGAGCUGGCCAACAAGCUGGAGCUGAGCGACUGCCAGGUGAAGACCUGGUACCAGAAUCGCAGAACCAAAUGGAAGCGUCAGACGGCGGUGGGACUGGAACUGCUCGCCGAGGCGGGCAACUAUGCGGCCUUCCAGCGGCUGUACGGCGGUGCCACGCCCUAUUUGAGCGCCUGGCCGUACGCGGCCGCCGCUGCCGCCCAAUCGCCCCACGGCGCCCCGCCCUCGGCGAUCGACAUCUAUUACCGCCAGGCGGCCGCCGCCGCCGCCCUGCAGAAGCCCGCCCUGCCCGCCUCGUACCGCAUGUAUCCGACGAGUAUGCCGCCGGGCAUGGCGCUGCCCGGUAUGCCCGCUCCCCCGCCCCCCGGCACGUCGCCCAUGCUGAGCGGCUACUAUGCCGCUGCGGCGGCAGCAGCCGCUUCCGCUGGCGCCCAACAGCAGCAGCAGCAGCAGCAACCUCCGGUGGCAUCCCGCUCGCCAGCAACUAGCCAGAGCGCCAAUAGCGAAGCGGACUGCGAGCGGACCAGCAGCAGCAGUCGCCAGCGAUUGAUCACGCCCAGUCCGCCCCUCAAUCCGGGCAGUCCGCCGCACCGGGAGCGGCUCAACGAGGAGGAGGGGGAGCGGGAUGAGGAGCGGGAGAGGGAGCGGGACGAGGAGGACGACGAGGAACUGGCCCUGGAGGUCUGAGGAUCCCCGAGAGAAAUCCCUUCCCCAAAAGCUGGAUCUCACAAAUUUAUCUAAAGCAGCGGUGGGCAGCAGAGAUACAAUUUUUUGUCUCUACCCGCACUCUGCCGCCACACGCACAGUAUACAACAGCGGUCGGCACACACACACACAUAGGGCAACAUUUCAUUAUCCUGUGUGUGGACCGCUGGUCUAAAAUAAUAAUCUAGUGGGUGGUGUGUAUUCAAGAACUAUGAAAUAUGGUGGACUAAAGUUGAAGUUGAAAAUUUUUGUAUAAAUAGUAAAAUAUAAAAUUAAAUCAACGCAUAAACAUUGGGCUUGGGUCUUUCAGACACAUACAGCUGGGUUCAAAAUAAUAGCAGUCAAAUGAUAUUUUCCUAAAUAGAUAACAUUCCCCGCAUUAAAAAUGCCAUGAUCAUCUGCAUGAUUUUCAAAAAACCAAUUUUGUUAUGAUGAAAGUCACAAAUAUGUAUUUCACUAAAAUAUUUAGAUUCUACUUGCUUAAAUUAUUUUAAACGCAGUCGUAGGUUACUUGAGAGCACCUUGCCACUAAAAAUGUAUUUAGUUUGUGGUAAAAAUAGUUCAUCCUAACAUACAUUUCAAAAUUGUAUAAAGAAACCCAAAAAAAAAAGAACAAGAAGUAACAGUAUUAGAAACGCCCCAUGUUCAUCUGUCUCUUGGAAUCGCCCCCAGUAAAUGUGAAGAAAAACAUAAAGUACAUCUAUACAUAACCCUUUUUUUUCUAUAUUUAAUUAAACCUAGCUUAGAUGAAAUUUUUAAAUUUUUGUAAAUGAUUUUUGUACAUACGCAGCAGACCAACAACAUAAGCAACACGAUUUUUUUUUCCAAACAAUAUUUUUUUUACAACUUUUUUUUUGUGCCUAGUCUUAAGACGUCUAUUGUGUGUAGUAAUA